AUGUCUUUCGAGGAUUCACGAGCCGCGUCGAGGCUUCGUCAACGAGCCAUUCCGUACCCGACGAUGGCCGUUAGGGAGCGCGCGUUCAAGUCUGGAAGAGCGCUCACCGGUCGGGCCGACGCGUCGAGUUCGGCGCUGCGCGAUGGAGCACCGGCUGCGGCGCCACCUCUGAUUGUGAAACUAGAUUGUAGUCCAGGGACUUGUUUGGGAUUCACGUCGACGUCGAACCCAAGAUUGCCGAUGUUGCGCAUUUCCCAUUCGGGGGACAUCGUCGUUUACCUACCUGAGGCAGACGGGAACGAGAUGGCCCCGAUGGCUUCAUCCACGAAUUGCACGCCGGAGGAGCGGCUGUGCGCCGCGUUCGCCAAGGCGUAUCGAGGCAUCAACCGAAUCCUCGUUCUCACACCGACGACUCCGGUCCAACGUCCGCUCCUUGGUCGACCGGAGGGAUCGAUUCCCCGCACAUCCUGACGUCGUCAGGCGAUUUGUCACUCGGAUCGCGUUGUCGGGAAAUGGCGUCGGAGCCUAUAGCGUCAGCCACUUCCGCCGAUUCCGUACCGCCCUAGAAUUUUGGCACACAACGCAUGGGCUGCGUAUGAACUAUGAUCCCAAGAUGUGGACGAUGCAACUGGCUGCGGCUGCGGCCACAGCUCCAGGCCCCAAACCGAUUGGCGGCGACUUUGGACGACCUCAGGUGCUUGGCCGCGGGGAUCGAUAAGUGCAGUCCGUUCGAUACGGCCGUGUUUGCUGCAGCGUGUGCGGCGUUCUUCGCGAUGGCGAGAUUGGGCGAGUUUACGGCGGGUUCGGCGGACGAAGAGUUCAUAGCCGAACGGCAUCUAGCGGUGGCCAAUGCACGCCGGAUCGAUGCGACGAGCGAAGCUCCUCUCCGAUACGAGUUGGACCUCCCGUUCGACAAGGUGCGCCGGCGUGUCGGCCGCACGCUGGUAGUCUCGGCGCGAGACGGCGAGCCCUUCUGCCCGGUCGGUGGCAUCGAUAACCAUUUCCGCCUAAACGACCCUCCACCAGGGCGGUUGUUCUCAUAUCGGGCGCGCGAGGGAGGUCAUCGACAGCUGACCUCCUCGGCGUUCUCGCGACGAAUCAGAGACAUUCUCGAGGCGAGCGGAAGGGCGCCCUUGAAUAACCACUCCUUUAGGUCCGGUGGGCCACGUUUUACCUUCGAGAAGGUGUACACACGGAUCACAUCCGAAACCUUGGCCGUUGGUCAUCGAAUGCCUUUGACAGGUAUUGGCGGCGGCACAAGGAGAUUGCGAUCCAAGUGCUGAGCAAGGCUGGCAAGCUUGCAUUCGAUUCGGUUAGAGCCUGA